AAGUUUGAUUUGUAGAGAAUAUCAUUUGUAAGAUCUUCGUUCAUGCGUUUCAUAGAAUGGUAGAUGUAAUUUUCAUGUAUGUAAAAUAAUUAAUUUGUUUCAAAAAGAUGAAAGUAGUCCUAAGAAAAACUCAUAAUUAGGGAUUGCGUUGAAAAUCUGGUAUUCCUAAAAAAUAAUGAAUCUAAUUUAUCACAAUUUAGAUUAAAAUCUACGUAAGAAUCUACAAACAAGCUUUUGUCUAGGUCAAACAUACUUGCGAGACCGUCGAUAACCCGAGAAUUCGGAUUCGAAAAACUAAAAUCAAAGACAUCUGCUAUAACCCUAGAAUUUGGUUGCGUCUUUUGAUGGGUUAGGAUAGAAUCAGUGCACUGCCGGAUCCUUUGAUAACUGAGAUACUCUUAUGGCUUCCAACCAGGGAUUCUGUUAAGACAAGCGUUUUAUCGACCCAAUGGAGAAACCUAUGGCUUGAUGUUCCAGGGCUAGACAUUAAAUUCCUUUUUAGCAAUGCUAAAACAAUCACUAGCUUCAUUGAAAGAUUUUUGGAAUUUAACCGCGAUGCACGUAUGCGAAAGUUCAAGAUAACGUAUGACACGUCCAAGGGUCAUGAUCCCUUUGGAAUCAGAGAGUGGAUCGCCACAGCUAUAAGUCGAGGAGCUCAGCAUUUAGAUGUGGUUGACACAUUUCUUAGGUAUAUGUCUUUCAAAGAGUUCAUGCCUCUGGACAUUUAUAAGAGCAAGACAUUGGUGUCUUUAAAGCUUGUAGAAGUAAGGAUGUCUAAUCCCGACUUUGUUGUUUCUCUACCUUGUCUGAAGAACAUGCAUCUUGAAAAAAUUAUGUACAGUGGUGAGGAUCCUUCGUUCAUGGAGAAGCUCAUCUCAGGCUGUCCCGUUCUUGAAGAUCUAACAGUGUUCAGGUCGUCUGAUGAUAACGUACUGGUUCUUCGUGUGACAUCUAAGAGUCUUAAGAGGUUUAGAGUAUGGUCUGACCGCUGGAGUAGAAGCAAUAGUAGGGAGUUUGCGCUGGAGAUUGAUGCUUCGGGGCUCAAAUAUAUGAAGUUAGGAGAUCAACAGUCUAAAAGAAUAGUGGUGAAGAAUCUAAGAUCUUUGUUUAUGAUCGACAUUGAUUCCAUAUUCAAUGGUGGAAGUAACACUAAUUUGGAAAUGAAGAAAGAUACUACCCGUGAUUUUCUCAAUGGUAUUUCUCGCGUAAGGCAUAUGAUCGUCCCUCAGCUUACUCUGGAGGUUCUUUAUCGUUACCUGGGAUCCAAUAUUCCCAUGUUUAGCAACUUAUAUCGUUUAGAAGUGUCUUGCAUUGCCCGCUAA